AUGUAUGUAUGUAUAGUAUGGUAUGGCGUUAUAUUUGUUCAUAAAGGGCUCUAUCGUUCUGGCACCUUCAAAUUUCGAUUAACACUACCAGAGGAUUAUCCUCAAAGACCACCCUCAAUUACAUUUUUAACAGAUAUGUUUCAUCCUUUAGUUGAUGAUGAAGGUAACCUUUCUAUUUCACAGCAAUUUCCUGUUUGGAGGCCUUAUCGAGACUAUCUAUUUCAUGUUCUCUUCUAUUUAAAAAAUAUAUUUAAAAAAAGUGUUUUGGAUGGAUUAAAUGAUAAAUAUUGUCUGAACAAAGAAGCUUAUCGACUAUAUCGUACAGAUAUUAUUGUAUUCUCCAAAUUAGCUCAACAAUGCGCUCAGCUUUCCAUUACAGAAUCCUAUCUUUAUGAACAUAUUCCUGAUAAUAACAUGAUUCGUUUUUCCCCUUUAAGUGAUGCAAAAUUUGGUAAGGAAGACGACUUGUUUAUAACAAGUGUAUACAUGGUUAUUUAA